CAGAGAAACCCUGUCUCGGAAAAAAAAAUAUGUUGCAGACAUGGAUAUCAGAGAGUAGAGUGGAAAAUGCAAUGUAUGUAUACAGUACUUACAAGGCAUGGGGAGAAAAAUAUUUAACAACAAAGCUUUAUACUGAUAGAAAAUUCUGAGCAUUUUUCAUACUUAAGGGAAUAUCUGAGCUGUGGAUGGAUGAGGCACGAGAAUGAUUUACAGCAGUGCACACCAUGCCGAACCCAUAGAUCAUCAAAAGGAAAAAACUGAAGAGCCUUAUAUGAAGGAGGAAUAAUUAGAUAAUAAGCAGAAGCCAUAUUGUCAAUAAGUGUAACAAUGUAAUCAAAUAUCUUUCAAUCAGAUUUUAUACUCAGCUAAACUUUCAUUAGAACCUGGGGAAAAUGCAGGCAUUUUAUGUACAUAAACAACAAUUUGCUUCUAAAAAAUGGUUUACAAGAGACUAGAGUAAAUGAAUCAACAACAUACAAUGAAGGAGGGAAGCGGGGAACCAAACAAUCAGAUUGAAAUAAAGACUAGACAUAUAUCUAUUAAAACACCAUUAUCUGUUUUAUAAAAAUAAUAAUUUGGGAAUAUAAAGGGAAAACUACUAAAAUAUUGAUUUUAGAAAGAAUACAUUCUAUUCUGAUUCUGUCUGUGGCUCCAUAACAUGUAUCUGACAAACCUUUUGGUUAAUCCAUGUGCCUAGCUUCCCUCAAAACAAGUGCCCUAGCACUUACUUAGAAUCUUCUGCUUGCUUUGAGAUCUAGCAUUCCCAUCUUAGCCUUUGAGACCCACUGCUUCAGCUGCAAGAAGGGGGAUUUCUCCAGCCUUCUAGAACUUAUGGAGGAGGGAGAGCUGCUGUCUGCAGACUGUGUCUGCCAGGGACUGCUUUUGGUUGAGAUGCUCUGUAGCUUACAACUGAUGGGACGCUGAUGGAACUCUUUCGACCACAGCCUGAAGCCUGCAGAGAGUAAUCCUCACUUCUUUCAUUCGGUGUCCUAAUGCCACAAAGACUUUCAGAGUUUCUAUGUUCCCGUUCCAGUUUCUUUUUUCUCAUUUGGAUCAUUACUCAUGUGUGGCAAAUAGAAAUGUCCCUUGUUUGUUUUCCCUUUUCUGUCUGCUCACUUCAUUCUUGGAGGGAAGGGAAGACAAGAACUUGGAAUAAGAAUGAACUAUCUAAAAAAUAGCAGCAACAACAAAACAGAAUGGACUGUCUCAAUAUUUAUACUUGAGAACAUUUGUAUAUCUUUAAAGUUCACAAAAAUUAUGCAAAAAACAUGAAAAGUGGAACAAAAGAUGCAUGCAGAUUCAUCAUGGUAAUUACAUCUGGGAGGGAGGAAGAGUAACAAGAUGCAAAAGAGGAGAACAUAAUUUUAACUAUGUACACAGAGUUCUUUAUGCAAAGUAUUCUGAAGCAAACAAUGAGAGAGUUAAUUAGCUUAAUUAGUUCUUGCUACUUGCCAGUGUGCUCCUCUUCCUAGGGUAUAGCAAGUUUCCAAACAGCUAAAUUACACAUCUCCAUGGGCCAUCUGGAGUGAUAGGAACUCAGGCUUCAUGAUAGCACAGAACAAGGGUCUUCUGGGACAGGCAUCCUCUUGGCGUCAUGGUGAGAAAGUGAGUGUGUCAUGCCAAGGGAGAACAUUUUUAUUGCAUGACUAAGGGUGGUUAGUACAGAGUCGUGGAUGCUAGUACUAUGCCCUAAGCCUCUUUGUGAGGGUCACAGCUUUGGGCACCUACCUAUUACUGCCUGGCUUCCAGAGAUUCCCUUUGGUCCAUUCUGAGAAAAGGUCAUGAUAAGCAGAUGAAAUGAGAGGAACUCACCCAUGACUCAUUGAGCACUCCGGAUAAAUCCUCUGAUUCUGUAACACUGUUCAGAACUUUGCUUCUAGCACAUCUAUGGUGUUACUAGGUAGGAAUCAUGGCAACAGCUUCAGAGAACUGGUUCUGUUUAUUGGGGGUGGGAAGAAGGGGUAUUUAUGUACUUGGGAUGGUGGCCAGGGUCUCUAGUGACUGUGUACCAUUGACCAGGGCAGAAGUGCUGGAAGGUGCUUUAUCUACAUACUCAGGGGCUGUAGGAUCUCCUGGGGGGAAAAUUGUAUAAGGUCAAACCAGAAUUGAAACCUGAUAACUGUCAGGGUAAUAAAUUCUUACUAGAGUUGAUAGGGUGCUUUAUGGUGGCAGGUUGAAAGACAGAAUGUAGCCAACACCUGCUGUCCUCAUGUUGGAGGUAUUCAGGAUUGAUGCUCCCUUGACCAUAACCCUGGGCCAUUAUAGUCCCACAGUUGCAUAAAGUCUAUGGCUCAGUGGCACACUGGAAGGCACCAAGUGGUCAUCACCAAUGGAUUCCAGUCCAGUGUUCUCUGUACCAAUGGUGCUGGGUGACCUUGCACCAUUCAUCCUACCUUGCUGUGUCUUCCUCUCCAUCUGCAAAGUGAUGUGAAGCUGGAUGGGAACUUGCAGGCUUUGGAACUAUACUUUACUGUGCCUCUUGGAUGUUUGUAUCCAGCUUCAUCAGAGAGUUAGGUGGACACUAGGAAAGCACCAUGACAAGUAGGCUGUGUUAAUAGGAUAGAAGAAGAGAUGGUUAGCUGUGCACCUUUGUUCUGAUCUCUCCAUCAGCCACUCUUGCUCAUGCAUGGGAGCAUAUCACAGUAUCUGUGCACUCUGGAGCUCCCACUGGCUCAUUCAGGAAACCUGUGAAGUGGGAAAUGUCCUUAUUCCGUUGCACACACAUGACACUAAAUGCAAGGUUUCUGUGUACAAGUGACAAGUAGCAGAGCAGGAAUGAGGGCCAAAGAAUUAGGGUUGAAAUGCAUUCCAUGUAUGUAGAUGGCAGGAUGCUGAAGGCAAUCAGGAGUAGGUUCUGAUGAUCUAACGUGGGCCACAACGGCCAUAGCUACUACUGCACUCAGACUUUAGUACUGUUCAAGGUGCUGACAGUGAGCAACUCUGUGCUCAUCCUUAAGUGAGAUAUUUAUAUACACCCCACCAUACCACCAAGGCUCAAAGAACAUCAUGGAAGAGGGGGCGGAAAGAAUGCAAAAGUUGGAAGAUGUGGCAGAUUGCUGUGAAAUGCUGUCCUCUAGCUGUUGCUCACAGACUCACAAUGGUUGUGGUGAUUUACAGAGAAUCUGCACAAUAUCACAACAGUUAAUUCCAGUGUGAAUUGGAAAGCGACUGCCAAGGCCCCAUCCACAGCUGAGGAGAUCUUGUUGGCUGAUAGCUGCUGGGGGAGUAGGAGUUGCCUUUGUUAGGAGAGCAGCCCAUGUGCGUAUGGGUAACACUAAUCGGACUCUGUGGCUUGAAAGAAUAAGUGAGUAAUUGUAAAAGGGGCAUGAAGUUGUGAGGGAGAAGUUAUAGAGAGGGCCCUGAGAAGAGCUGGGGUGGGGGUGAGGGUGAUAUGAUCAAGAUACAUUGAAAACAUGUACGAAACUUUCAAAGAGUAAAUAAAAACUAAAAAAAAAAUAUAUUCUAGAGAGUAGAACUUAAAAGAAUCUUACCUCUUCACAUACAGUAAGUACAAUGUGAUGGGGAACAUGUUCAUUAGUUUGAUUUAAUAAUUUGAAUAUAGAUGACACUGUAAACAUACAUAUAAUUUUAAUUUUCGCCUGUACCUCAAUAAAGCUGAAGGGAAGAAAAGGAAGAAAAGGGUAAAAGAAAGAAGAGUAGGCGGACCAUUGUUUUCAGUUUUAUAUCGAACUCCCUGUCCCUGCCAACCUGCAAUCAAUCCUUCAGAGAUGCCCUGAUUUCAAUCUUGCUUGUCCAAAUCAUGCUAGAGUAGAGUGAUACACAACAAAGGAACCUCUGUAGGGCAUAAAAGCUGAUAUUAGUUAGCAAAUCAGAUCCAGUGCACAAAAAAUCUGUGUCCAUGGAUAAAGCUGUGAGAGAAUGGAGUUGCUGUUGGAGGCAACAUUGUUUUACCUACAGCACAGUGCCCCCUCCCACUCAGGGAAAGGGAAAAGCACAUCUCAUUGUGUCCUGCUUAUGACCAUAGGAAUGAUGUGUUCACGUGGAAGGGAAGGGAGUCUUAAAAACCACUAGAGUAAGGAAGGAAACAGGCCUCUUCAGCACCUUUGGAACUUAGUGGGAACUAAUUGGCCUUAAGUAAUGUGCAUUUGGCUUGGCAGUGACAAGAAUAUGUGCCUAUGACCGAUGUUGCUGUCACUAAGUACAUGAUGGACCUCCAAAGGGAUCCAGGCCCCGGUCUACCUUUGUUGAUGCUUCUCCUCUCAAGAGAAAGCUUUUCUUUUGAUCAAAGUGCACAGAAGGAUAUGUGCCAAUGACAUGUAUUAGACCACGUCCUUGAAUGAGAAGUCAUGGUGGAGAGGCAAGGCUGGGGAGACCAGGACUUCCUGUCGGCUGCAGCCAGCACUCCAUGUAGGAUCCUGACUCUGCCUCUUUGACCUUGAUCUUGAGAUGGCUCAUGUUUUAGACUCUGCUGACCUUGCAGAUGAUGCAGAGUGGGGGUGAGAAUACAUCCACAGAGGAAAGCCUGGUGCAGCCAGCUCAGGUAGCAUUUUCCCUUCAGGCCACACCUCCUUCCUGCCUUUCUUUCCCAGGUCCUUCCUGUGCUGGCUGUGUCCAUCUGCAUAGUCUUGCAGUUGGUGGGAGAAGCCAAUUCUCCAUGGCCUCAGAGCUUUUGCUGCUCAUAACCAGCGGGCUUUUGUCAGCUUUGCAUCCAUGUGGCUGAUGACCUAUUCUGGCCAUGUCUUGGAAAGCAAUGACAAGUGACACAGAAAAAUCCGAGUUUUCAGCUAUCUUCAUAGGAAUAGUAAUCACUGUGGCUGUUCUUAAAAAUUUCCCCACUCUGACACCUUUGUCUUCGAUCCCUAAUAAUUUAUAGAAAUGCCCCCGGUUGUCAUUGAAGCCGCCUGUUUCUAACCCACUCACGGAACUCACGGUGAUGGUAGUUGACUUGGUCCUCCUUGCCAGCAUGGUGCUGCAUGCUGUCAUGUCUGCACUCGGAGGUGAUUAGAACAGUCCUGCUCAGAAAUCAUGGUAGCUUAGCACGAUUCCUUAGAGAUCGAGAGAAUACCUUCCCAGGGAGUGGCAUGAAUUGCACGUGGGAAUGGGGGAUUGCUCAAAGCUCAGAGUCAGGUUCUCCAGUAGCCCAUUGUCAUUAUUAAUACAUUUCUGACUGAGGAACAGAGAAUUAGCUUGCUUCUCCUAGUCUUCCUGUAAAAUUUCAGAACUUCUAAAUAACAGGGAAUACUGAUGUCUGUUUGGCCCACCUCCUCAUCCACGUGACUGUUGUUGGAACACAUUCAGGGGCAGGGAUGUCUUUGCCAAAAACUUGGUCCAUUUGGGCUCUUUGUGUUGGAUUAUAUCUCCCUCCCUAGAGCUUUUAGCAAUUGGACUUAGUUUUUUCCUCUGUAUGAGCCCCCUGCACUGAUAGAUGCAUUAGUUCUUCCUGGGAAAAUAGAAAUUUAGUUUUUCAAAAUGCAUCUAUCUCUAGAUGGUUCUUAAAGAGUGGUGCCCAUCCUAUGAAGAGGUAGGGGAGGGAAAAUCCUCUAUUGUGGGGGAAUGUUCCCAGGGCUUGUAUAGGCAGUGGGUUUUCCCUCUCAGAAGGCCAGGUCUGUUGUUCUCAGCUGCAGGAGGCUGGGGGAAUUUGCAGAUAGGGAGCCACAGGAAAUCUAUUGUCUCACAAGUAUCCAUGAACUCUCUCCAUCCUCUAUCCAUAUAGGUUAACUUACAAGUGCUUCUUAAGGGUUGAAACUACUUCCUUCUGGCUUCUGUGCUCUCCCUGUGUGCCAUUUUGAUGGAUAGUAAUUUUUUUCCACAAUGUAAGCCAUUUUGACAUGAAGAGUGUGCUUUUCCAAGGCACUUUGGACUGAUCGUUUGCCAUCCGCCUUUGACAAAGCUACAUAUUAUCAGAAAUACCAAAGGAGCAGCUCGACUCUCCACCAUAACUCACAUUAACUCACUCGGCAUAUUAGGCCCUGAAAUUCUAAUACCUCAUUUUCAUGACAAAUGACGCAACAAGAGCCCAAAAUGGCUGCCAUGAAUUUCAUUGCUGACUGAGGCCACAGGGGAGAAGAACAAGCAGACCGCUUAACCUCUCUGCUCUCCACAAAGUCACAGGAGGAUAAGAAGCUGACCAUGCAUUAAGGCUGCCACUUCCUUGGCCUUGGUGCCUGCCCUAGUGACUUUGAGUGGAUUGGAUUCUGAAGAUAUGAACCCAUCAAGAAAACAGGGUUGUAAUGGUUACAUCUGAUACUAUCUGGAAAUGGUCUCUGGAUGAGGGCCUGAUUGACAGCCUCUAGAUAAAGGGGUCUUCUCCCUAACACAUCAACCAUGUGCUCUCUAGGGGAUGGCUGAGGGCAUUGUGUUUCCCAGCAGUUUGUGAGCUUUCAUUUUAUACACUUGAUAUGCAAUUAGCAAUAGGAUUCUGUGUUUGCCUUAAGCCUAGAGAAACAUAGAGGAACUUCUGACCCUCAUGGAAGGUACCCUAGCAGCAAAACCACAAGAGUUUUGUGUUUGUCAAGCUUUUUCACAGAAAACAGAACUGGUUGGAUAUAUGUGUGUGUGUGUGUGUGUGUGUGUGUGUGUGUGUGCAUAUGCACACAUGUAUAUGCAUGCAGGAUGAAGACUCAUAUUCUGCUUCUUCUCAGCCCUCUGAUCCUGUCCUGGGUUCUGGAUGAGGUUGCUUAGAAUUGAGGCCUCUGGUUGGGUUGCUUUACUGUGCUUAGUCUUAUGGUUAGGGAAAGUCUGAGAACUUCAAUGCACUAUGUUAAGCUUUGUUGAAUGCAUGACUUAAUUUAAUUCUUCUAACAUGCUUAUACAGUAGAUACUAUAAUCAUCAAUUUAAGAAGUAAAUAGUUCCUUCACUGUUAAAGUGCAUAGAGUUUUAUGUCUGAUGUCUUUUUCCUGGUGGGUAAUCUCUCAUGACUAGCAUGAUUGCAAAUGGUGUGUGAGCCAUGGCUGGUGGCAUAAGGGCUUGUAUUGUUUGUUUACUCUUUACAGAAACACAGCAUCAGAGAGUAGUGUCCCUUAGCUCUGUCUUAAUGAAGUCCUAAAUGGCAAAGACACUGUGUGGCUAACAAUUCUACAGUCCCAAAAGCAUUUACCAGGUCAGCAAGUCAUUCAGCUGGGGAAGAGAAUGAAAUCUAAGGAAGAGAGAAACAGUGUAGGGAGGGAGGAUGGUGUAUCUCUAGAACACUAAGAAGGGGCUGUGGCCUCAGUGUUAUUCAGACUACCAGGUUUAGAUUCUAGAGAUAUAAUUACACAUGGUUCAGCUUUGAUCCUUAAGUCAGACCAAGAGCACAGGCAGUCACAGCACAGUGUAAUGUGUCAUGCAAUCAUGGUGUCCUGUAAGAGAGGCUUCUAAUCCAGCCUGGUGAGUCAAGAAUGUUUUCCAGAACAGUGACAGCUAGGUGAAAUUUCAGAUGAUGACAAGGUCCCAUUCUCCAUUGCUAAACUGACAAUGAAUGUGCUAGGUACCACCCUCCAGUCUCAUCACAUUGAUGUAUUAAUGGGUUCCAUGAAAACUCACAGUUGAGUGCUUUGGAACAGUGGACACUUUCUUCAUCACCAGUCUCAGCUCUGUUCUACCACUGUCUGACAUAUGUGUUCAUGCUUUCCCAUGCACACCUUCUCCCUGGAGACAUACAAACACACAUGUGUGUAUUUCAGCUUGGGGAUGCUUGCAUAUCUUUUCUCAUUUGGUGGCUAUUCUUUGAAGGCUUGAACUCAUGGCAGAAGAACUGUUUAAUAGCCAUGGCAUGAUGGGACCUAAAGCUAGAGAGCAGGUAGCAAAUGCUAAGCAAGAGUAAGGUGAUAACAAUGAUUGUAGCCAGCAGUGGAAUUAGAAUGACAGUCUGGGAUGACUGGCAAAGAGCUAUAGAGAUGAUCAGCCAAAGUGUAGGGUUAAGGGCAGCUUUUGAAGUUAUCCUACACCUGUACAACCAAAACAAACCAAGAAGGGAUAUUUGGAAGAUGGAUCAGAUUGGGACUUACAACUACUGUCUAAAGGACUGCCAGAGCGGUAAGAAGGCUCCAGCAAUACAAUAUUUGUAUAUAAUUAUUGUCCUAUUUUCUAAAAGGAGUGGUGGCAUUUAUGCAGGUAACAUGCAUUUGGAAAUGGAAAGACGCAAGUGUUCUAAUGAUGCUUGGGCAUCAGUGGAGUUGAUAUCAAUGGCAGUUAAUUAUCAUCAUAUCAAAGUGUCAUCAUAGCAUUAUGCAUUACCCUAGCCCAACCUUUCUUAGAGUAAGGAGAUGUGCAGAACUGUUGAUAUGUGAGGUCUUGUUCAGACUGACUGGUUUUAUUGUCAAUUUGGGAUCUAGAAUUAUAUAGAAGAAAAACACCUACUGGAUAUGUUUCUAGGUUGGGAUAAUUGAGGUUGGAAGACUCACUCUAAAUAUUGAUGAUGCCAUUUUGUAGCCUGGGUCCCAAGCUGAAUGAAGAGGAGAAAAUGAGCUGAACAUAGUAUAUCUCUUUCUGUGGUUUCUGACUACAAAAACAAAGUAGGCAGCUACCUCACACUCCUGCUGCCACGACUUCCCCUCCAGGUGGACUGCACCCUCAAACCUUGAGCCAAAACAAAGCCUUUCUUCCUUAAGUUGCUUUUGUCAGAAUAAUAGAAAAAGUAGUUAGUAGAGAAAAUUGGUACCAGAAGUGGGGUUGAUGUACUUCACCAUAUAGCUUUUAUGCUUAAGGAACUGGUUUGCUCAAGGAAUAUGGUAGACUUCAGAGCUAGACAAAUACCAGAGUUCUAUAAGCAGAGGUUAAUGGUUCACUCCUGGUGGGAGUUUGAAAGAUCAGAAUGAUAAUAGAAAUGUGGAUAGAGGGAAUCCUAACCAAUAAAAUCUAGAGGUGACAGAGAAAGCAGCAAUAAUUGUUAAAAAGAUUAGCUUCAGUAAAGUAAAGCCUUUCUUCUCAUCAAAAAGCUCUAUCUUAUAAAAGUUCAAGUUCUUUUGGAAGGGUCUAAACCAGCAUCCAUUUCUUUCUGACACCUGACUACAGACAUAAGGUGUCCAGCUGCCCUGUUCUCACUCACAGCUAGAGCCACUCCUUCCUCCAUGUCUUCUUGCUAUGGCAGAUUUGACUUCAACUCUUCAGUCCUUGAGUUGCUUCACAGUAACUAAAACAAAACCUAACAUUGCUUCAGACUGAAGAUCUCGAAUGGCUAUAGGCACUGAUGAGCCUACUGUACAUGUCACCUGAGAGCUGCCUGUCUAUAGAAUAGAUGGAAUGCCUGCUUAUAUAGAUUACCCUGUGAAAUGGGGCACCAGUUUCCAGAAUACAGUUUACACUAACUCAUAAGGAUGGCCAUUGUGUGUUGGAUUGCUCCCCAACCACUGGCAGAAAGCAUGGGCUUGUCACCUGUCCUUCCCAUGGCUUGCCUCACAAUUGGGCAUCCUGACCACGGAUCUGGGCUCUGCAGGAGAGGGCAGCUGGAGCCCAGCGGUCAACACAUCCUCAUUUGGCUUAAGGUCUGGCUGUGGCCUGUUCAAUUCAAACUUUCAUCCAGCAUGGGGAGCAGACUGUCUUAUAUCUUCAAUCAACAAGAGGAGUCUUCUAGGUGGAGCAAGCCCUGUGCAGCACCCAAAUCUGGCAAACCCCUGAUGUCUUGAUAACAGAAAUUGGUGUGAUAGAGAGGGCCAGUUUGCUGGAAGAAGCUGAGUGAAUCCAUGAAAAGAGCCCUGCUGAAGAGGUAAUGGAGAGCGGGGGAGGAGGCACUGCCUGCUGCACAAGCAUGAGAAGCCAAGUCUGAUUCUCACAACCCAGGUCGAAUAUGAAUUUUGCCUCUUCUGUGGAAUCCGUCUGAACACCGUACCCUCCUGUGAGCCGUGUUCCUGGUUGGACUCACUCCACUUAACAUCUUUGCCAUCCACUUGAGCACUUGAAGCAGGUUGACUUAUCACACAGCAUCCCACUAAGUGGCUGGAAGGCAGAAUGGCACCUGCAUUGCUUGUAGAGUCCAGCAAAGGGCAGACAGGGUAGUGGUGGACCAAAAAACAGCCAAUAGAAUAGAAAUGGCAUAUAGGAAUUCGCUGGAGAAGAUAGCUUCAAAAGGAUGAUUAUAAAUAUGCUCAAGGGUUUAAAGGAAACAAGGUCUAAUAGGUAAAAAUCUCAUGAAGAAACAGAGAGGAAAAAAUGAACGACAUGGAGAAAUCUCCUGAAAGACACAUUCCAGGCUCCAACCCAUUUCUAGAGACAAACAUUGGUGCUGUUGCCCGAAGGCCUCUGAAAAUUCUGCCAAGGACUCAGACCUCACUGUGCCACCAUGGUUCCUUCGGAGUCAGAGCCAUCAGUUGCCUCUUGGCUCACAGACAGACAACAUCCCCUGUACCUGUCACAAGCAAAAAGCAGUUUGAGAAGGAAGAGAAAGAGCUGAUCAAAAAGAUCCAGCUCACUACCGAGGAGACAAAUGAGCUGAGAGAUCGCCUGAUCUACGUGACCGAGGGAUCCAUGAACAAGAGGCCCUACCACAGGCAAACUCGACAUUAUAAAGAACUGAAAUUAAAGGAGAAGGAGAUCAUGACAUUUCUAAACGACUUAGAGAUGGAGAACAUGGAGGCCCGAGAGAACAAUCAGGAGCUCAAGAAGGAGAAAAAUUUCUAUCGUAACCUGCACAGCCGGAUCCUGCUGGAGGAGAAUCUUAUAAAGAAGAAGUUGGCGAUAUUGCAGCAGGAGAGCAAGGAAAUACAGGCUGAUUGGGCCAUCAUUCACCAACUUUUGGUGGAGUUGAACCUGAGUGGUAAAGAUGAACAGGAGAAGACCAGCAACCUGGAGACUCAAGAACAUCAGGUCUCAGAAGCUGCAAGAGAGCUGGGAUUGGCCACAGCUGAAGAAGACAGCAUCUUGCAGAAGGAGUUGCCAUGCCAGGAGGCCCCUGCUGAGCACCAUCCCCAGCACCCACCAUCUUCCUCGGAUGAAUCUUCCUCAGAUGAAUCUUCUUAUAGCACAUGUCCUGAGUGGGAAUAGGCCCUACCGAGGAAGCCAUGGCUGAUUCAGGGCGUUGUUCCCUUUUCUCUUCAGACAACGACUCUUGGUAGAGAACUGAGGCGGCUGCACUGCUACCAAGUGUCCAAGAGGAGCAGCAGCCUGGAGGGCUGUGCUGCUAAAAGUGCAGAAAAAGCUGAACAAUAAUUUUCCUUUAGAGUUUUAGUUGAAGUUUUCAUUUUUGUUCUUUGAGUUAUUGUUAGUUAUUUAGAAGUUAUAUGUUCUUGUUCUUGUAUUUCUUUGUUUGUUUUUGCCUUUAUCUCUAUAUUAAUUGAACUUGUAAAACCUAUUUUUUUAAAAAUUCUAUUUCUUAUGCAGAAAAAUUGAUUUGCAAGUAGUGACUCUUGAGACCAUCUUCCUUAUUCAUGUGUUCUAUCCCCUGCUGUAGACCUAGAACUCACAUCCAGAGAUGGAUCUUUGUAAGUUCCAGGCAGCCAGGGCUGUAUAGUAAAGUCAUAGCCUAGCCACCUAGGGGUAUACAAGGUGAUGAUCUUUUGUGUCGAUAAUUUUACUUACCCCAUGGAAACACACUUGAUGAUGUAAUCACUGCCACACUGCAUCCAUGGUGUCAUGAAUUCUCUUACUCCUAACAUAUAGCACUCUAUAACACACAUUCAUUCAUGAUCCCGUGAACCAGAUACUGAGUAAUAUAAUAUACAGCCAUUGUUCUAGAGCUGCUGCGGAUAUAAAAACACUCAGAAAGGAAUAUAAAAUAAAUCAGGAAGGCCAGAGCCAUCUGCCUCAGUUUACUUGCAAUAGAGCAUCAGUGAUUGAGGUGAACAAUGGCUUCCCUUUGGUUCUGGCCUGAAAGGGUCAGAGACGUUAACUGGGAGAAAGUUCAGGGGUCCUUCCUCCUGAAAGGGAGGGAUGUCUAAACAUGACUUUCUGUGAGCCAGAGUUUUUCCUUGUUCCUAGUCAAGAGUUAAUAUUUACCCUGAGAGGAAGAUGUCCUUGGGUCUUCAGAUAACAGUUUCUUCUUCUGAAAUUCAUUCUUGUUAUGAGAAAAUGACUCCAAAAUAGAUAAUAUUGUUUGCCAGAUGCAACUAAGUAAAAAUGUUAUUUUUUGAGCAAAAUUAGCAAAGUCAUAUCCCAUGUUUUUAAGCUGUAGAAAUCAGUAAAGCUUUGCUACUUGCCACCAGAGCAGUAAUCCAUCUGUUUCUUUAAGGCAUUCGAGAAGCUGGUCUUCAUCAAGUGUUAACCACAUAGCAGAUAUAAUGACCUUCCAUGGCUUGCUGGGAAAUAGCUUUUGAUAGAUGCUGCUGUCCUUGACCAUAAACUUGCUGUGUUUUUGCUGUUGCUGAUUAGACUUAUGUUUAACAUUUAUGUGAAUGGGUGUCUUUCCUACUGAAUGUAAUACUGUAUGUGGCUCCUCCUGAGGGACAUUUCCUUCAGAGGACAGAAGGAACCACAACCAUUCCUGGAGAUGAUUGUUAGGCACCAUGUGGGUCUUCUAGAGAGCAGCAGAUGCUCUAACCUGUGAGGCAUCCCCACACCUCCUGCAGUUGGCUUUUGUCCUUCCAGAGAAUGUGCUGUUUUAGAUGGACAGGAUCAAGUCCAGUUGAGUGGAGACAUCUCUGGAGAUGUGUAAGUACAGUGCCUGACCUGCGAAUACUCAUUGUCCUAUGCUGCCAGGCAUGUAUGCAGGGCUCUGAUGUUACCACUGGCAGUUCUGUGUUCAGAGCCUUUUAAUUGGACAAAAUGGGGUAGGGGGAAAGUUGUGGAUUGCUGUUUGUGUUUUCUGUUCCCUCAAGAGUCCCUAAACACAGGUUCAGUCAGGUGAAAUCUUAAUUGGUCAGAUAAGGCUAGAGGCUCUUAUUGGACAAUUGGUAAGAAAUGCAGAUCUGAAAUAUUAGAGAGUGGAAGUGUGAUGGAGAAGAGAGAGGAAACGGAGGACAAAAGAUGGAGGAAUAGGAAGAUGGUGCUAGACUACGGGGCCCUAGUGUCCAUAAAUAACUGGGGAUUUCAUAAAUGGGAAAUAGAGUAAUGUAGGUACAUUUUCCUGAUGUAAUUGUGCAGGUUGUAAUUAUAUGUGCUGCGUUUUGUAUUGCUGCAUGGGCACUUUGUGCUUGUAGAUUUCCCCUAAUAAAUUUGGCUGGCAUAUUACAA